ACUGGAAGCCAGUGGAGGGAUUGGAAGAGAGGGAUGGAGGACACUGAGUGGAGGCCAGUGGAGGGAUUGGCAGAGAGGGAUGGAGGACAUGAGUGGGAGGCCAGUGGAGGGAUUGGUAGAGAGGGGUGGAGGACACUGAAUGGAGGCUAGUGGAGGGAUUGGCAGAGAGGGGGUGGAGGACACUGAAUGAAGACCAGUGGAGGGAUUGGCAGAAAGGGGUGGAGGACACUGAAUGGAGACCAGUGAAGGGAUUGGCAGAGAGGGAUGGAGGACACUGAAUGGAGACCAGUGGAGGGAUUGGCAGAAAGGGGUGGAGGACACUGAAUGGAGACCAGUGGGAUUGGCAGGAGGGAUGGAGGACACUGAAUGGAGACCAGUGGAGGGAUUGGCAGAGAGGGGUGGCAGAUACAGAACGGUAGGCCAGUGAGGAGGGAGUUACAAUAGUCAAGGCGUGAAAUAAUAAGGGAGUGAAUAAGUUGCUUAGU